AUGAACCCUAUCUUCAAGGAAGAGCGUCUAGCGGCUCACAAAACCGACAAAGCGCACGCAGAGCCAGGCGGAGCGGCGGAUUCUGCUGCUUCAGACACGGACAAUAGUGCCGCUCUAAUUGCCCAAGAAUUGAGGAACGAGACGAUGUAUGAUGAUCGCAUAGCGAGGGCGCUCAAGGACAAGGGGCUGGCCAUUGGAGCAGAGGAGGAUCAGGAGAUCGUCGGAAGCGCGCCCUCUGCUGCAACCGCAGCCUCCCUCGAGCGCGACGUUGCAGCCGCCGACGCCGCUGCGUCACUUCUCGCGCUCGCCAGCAGCUCUCCCACCGUAGUGUCCCAUGCCACGCCCGCCCGCUUCUACACCUACAGCGCGGACGAGGCGCAUCUUCCUCCGAGAUUUCGGAAGAUCACGACGUCCACGCGACGCUCGCAGCGCGAGCGCAAGAAGGCUGUCAUCGGACACGUCGCACCCACGCUGAACGCGAAGAAGAGCAGCAAGCCCAAGGCGAAGAAGGCCGUCGCGCUGGAGGACGAGGCUUCCAACGGCAUUCCUCCUGGCACAAUCAUCAGUCUAUCCUGCGGCAAGCGUACCGUCAGGACCGUGACGCAGGAUGCUGACGACAAGGCGAUCGAGGCUUCAGACGACAUGGGGCCUGAGUCUGAGGACGAGCUCGAGCACGCUGUCAAACCGGGCAAGGCUGCAAAGGGGAAGGCUGCGACCGCUGCGAAGUCUAAGGCCGCCAAGGGACCGAUGCUCAAGGCCGCCGCCACUGCGAAGCCCAAGGCUCAGGCUGCUUCAAAGCCCAAGAGGCUCGAGGACAUUGUCGCUCCCAAGGUCGUCCCCGCCGCGAAGCCGAAGGCCCGCAGCAGCGCCAAGCGUGCGCGCGACGAGGUUGACGACGACGACGUCCCUCAGGAGGACGCGAGGCCGGCGAAGGCUCGCAAGACCGCGACUAAGGCCCGCCGCUGAGGGCCCUGCCCCUCUCCGCACGGAUCGCGGGCGCGGUCUCAGGCGUACGGUGAAGGUCGUCCCCUAUAAGACGAUGUUUUAGGGAUCGUUCUCUGCUUCAUGCCUUGCGACGUCGGUGCAUACGCGGUCCUUCGCAUCACUGCUCGUAUACCCCUCAAGCAUCUCCUCGUCCUCGCUGUCUGCGCUCUCGCCCUCACACUCACGAUUACUACCCUGCACGUCACCUCCCUCAUACCCUGCAUAUCCCCAUACCUCGCAUAGUCCUGUCGCCGCACACACACAUCCUCCUCCUCCCCACCGCACGCACGUACGUAUCUUUCUCAUCUUAUCCUGUAUUUAUAUGUCCCCUACGUACCACUACGCAGUCUCUAUAUUCCUCUCCUCGACUUAUAUCUGGGCAGAGUUGCAUUCUAGGCUGCGGACUUUC